UCGAUAAUUUCCUUAAGGAAUUCGUCAGUUCUGUCAACACUACUGAUGUCGGACCGGAGGUGGUGUCGGAAUCGAUGUUUGCGGAGCUGAAGGAGUGUUUUAUGGAGGCGUACGACGACAAUAGGGAUGGAAAGAUAGAAAUACGUGAAUUGGCACAACUCCUGCCACUCGAAGAGAGUUUUUUGCUUCUCUUCCGUUUCGAUAAUCCUCUGGAAUCGAGCGUCGAGUUUAUGAAGAUUUGGAGAGAAUAUGAUACCGACGGCAGUGGGUAUAUAGAAGCGGAUGAGUUAAAGAACUUUCUAAAAGAUUUGCUGAAAGAAGCGAAACGCGAAGCUAUAGAUGAGGACAAACUCAUUGAAUAUACGGAUACUUUACUCAAUAUUUUUGACUCUAAUAAAGACGGAAAACUACAAUUGAGUGAAAUGGCAAAGCUUCUUCCAGUGAAAGAAAACUUCUUGUGUCGAAACGCCUUCAAAGGCGCGACAAAACUUAAUAAAGAAGAUAUCGAACGGGUUUUCGCAUUAUAUGAUAGAGACAAGAACGGAACCAUUGAAAACGAAGAACUCAAAGGAUUUCUAAAGGAUUUAUUGGAAUUGGUGAAGAAGGACUAUGACGCACAAGACUUGGGAGAGUUUCAAAAGGCGAUCCUUUCGGGCUGUGACUACAACAGAGACGGCAAAAUCAAUAAGAAAGAGCUGACAAUGAUUUUGUUGGCUUUGGCCAAACACUCACAGGAAUAACGCACUCCUCAUAAACUGGCGAAACCAAAGCCAACGACUCAUUCAGAAGGCAGACAACUAUGAUAUGUAAUAAUUCUUCGCAUUAUAUCUACGAUUAUUCAAUUAAAAAUCUCUUCAAAUUCUGAUAAUUCUAUUGCAAUACCAAAAUAAUGUCCAGUGAUUUGGACGGCAUUUGUGCCAAUAUUACUGACACACAAUUCACUUAUUGCACAUUUCAACACUAAUUUCUUCAAUUUUGUCACACAAUAUACAUAAUAAUAAUAUAUAUAACAAGAAGUGAACAAUUUCUCUGACGAAGAAUUUUGCUGUAUUCUUACAAACUUGGAUAUAGUAUGUACUCACAUCUCAAAUACCA